AUGGGGCUGUACGUCUUCAUCUUGUUCGGAUCCAACUUCCUCGACCCGCUUGUUGCUGGGUGGUUCAACGAUGCAUACGGUUGGCGAUGGACGAUGAAUUUUGGAAGCAUCAUUUGCGCUGUGUGCUUCAUCAUCAUGUUUUUCUUCAUGGAGGAGACCAUCUACUUUCGCGACAAUGUCAUCCAUGGCGAGGUCGCUAGUAGCGACAGCUCUGGUAGCCAAGCUUCGAAGGAGGCCAAGCACGAUGCCAACUCGACAAAAGAGAUUUCAGAAUCAGCACCUAAAGCUCCAGCAACUGGUACAUAUGCCUUCUCAUCUCCUCGGAAUAUUAACUCAGGAUGGGGCAAGUAUGGCUUGUUUAAAGUCCUCCCUGGAAGACCCAGCAACGUUGAUAUGCUCCGUAUGGCCUACCGACCUGUCCUCAUGGUCUUUCGAUUGCCUACAGUCGCGUGGGGUGGUUUUCUCUAUGACAUCAACCUGGCAUGGUACAAUGUGUUGAAUGGAACAGCUAGUCCGGUCCUGACAGGUAACCCAUACAACUGGUCAGCCGCAUUGGUGGGUUGCAUCUACGCAGGUCCUAUCAUUGGAACAGCUGUUGCCUCGCUCUGGUCCGGAAACGCAGCGGAUUGGAUCACCCUUCAGCUUGCCCGACGCAACAACGGAAUCCGCGAGCCUGAACACCGACUCUGGGUCUUAGCAGUUUCCGGCAUCAUAUCCGCAGCCGGCCUUAUCACUUGGGGUGUCGGUGCUUACCACAACGUACACUGGGUCGGUUUGGUUUUCGGGCUUGGCAUGCUGACGUUUGGCGUUGUAACUGGUGGAUCGAUUGCCGUAAGCUACAAUGUUGACUGUUUCUAA